AUGGAGCAAUAGUAAAAGUUCAUAUUUCCCUUUUUUUCUUAAGUUAUGUAAGUAUUUAUCAGUUUUUAUGGGUGUUAACCUAUCCUAAAAAAAUGAAACAUGAUUUUUCACGUUUUUAGGCUUUGCCUUUAAUUCUAGACCUGUCUUCCUUUUCUUGGCACAUUUUGGACACAUUAGCCUGCCCAGGAUAUUCUUGGUAUUGGUGUCUUUGGGUGUAGAUACUGGGAUGGCCAUUCAUGCCCUGGUACUGGUUUCUGCUGCAACAGGAGUCAUGCAGAAGUUUUCUGGUUGAUACAGGAGAGUCCUAAUUCAGGUCUGACCCAUGAGGCCUCAGAUCUGGAUUUCUGAUCUUCGCUUCCGCCUUAGCUUUUAGGGCCUGAGAACUGGGGCUUGGUUUCCAGGUCACAUCUCGAAGUCUGGUUUAUUUUCCAGACCACACCUUAGGGUUCAUGAGGAAUCUAGAUGUAUAAACCUGAAAAUGUAACCAGCGUACUUGUUUCAGGAUUGUAAACCUAGAAAUAGAGUUCCGGGUAUAAAAUGAAGUCAGUCCAAAGGGGAUUAAGUGGGCAGAAUGGGGACACAGAAAACCAAGGUCUAAAUAGAAGUCACAGUCCUGAGUGUUUAUCGGACAGGGCAGAGCAGGCAGGUGUUCCUGAGUUCAAACAGCAGACCAUUCACUGAAGUUCAAGGAACUGGUAACCCAUUUCAGAUGGACAAGUGCCUGACAAUUUCCAGGGUAAAAGACAUGAACAUAAUCACAUAAGCACUGGAAUGUAAGUCGGGACCUAGUGUACUGUGUGCCCAGGGCUCCUCAUUCUCCUCCUGUGUUGUUAGCUUAGUUGUACAGUGAUUCUCUGCUCUCUCAUUCCUCAGGUGGCAGUAACUGUAGAAUCCAUCCUUGUCCCCUGUUAACCUUGAUGGUCAUUCGCUGUCAUGUCUCCAGUUACCAUCUCUGUGUUGAUGACUCUCAAAACUUUUUCUUCAGUCAAGAUUAUUAUUCUUGACACCAGACCCCUACGGUCAGCUUCAAACUCCCCACGACCGAACACCUCACCUUUCCCCUAAAACUUGCUGUUUCUCCUGUGGUAAUUUUGUGAGAAAGAUUUUGCAGCCUGCUUUUCAUUUGAUUGCCAGUGGAGAUGAUGAAGAUGAUGGUGGGAUUCCAGGGACAACCAGCCAAGCAUUUUCCCAUUUUUCUGAACCACCAAUUAAACGAGGAAUUCCCUUCCGUGAAAUGUCCACCGAUGAGGAGAUCGGAGAGAGCUGGACGUUGACUUCCAAGGCCCCGGAGCGGCUGGGGUCCGCCGAGCGCAGCGGCCCUGACCUUUCCUUCUUAGUUGUGAAGGAUCCUGCAGGGAAAAAGCGUCUUUUUGUAGAUCUAGGAGUUUAUACAAGAAAUAGGAACUUUCGGCUGUAUAAGUCAUCCAAAAAGGGGAAGCCUGUGGUGUUGGAGGUCGCUGAAGAUAACAGAUUUUCUCUUACACAGUCAGAGAAUACUUCUGAAGAGGAACAGUAUUUCCUCUCUUCUUUGGUCAGCAAUGUCAGAUUCUCAGAUACUUUACGAAUACUUAGAUGUGACGCAUCCGAGGAUAAACAAAAACAGGCUGGGCAUUUUAAUAGUACCAGCACUUCAGUAGAAAACAUUGAAGGUUUUCAGGCCUCACCCUACCCUGAAAUUGAUCAAUUUGUUCUUUCUUUGGUGAAUAAAAAUGGCAUUAAAGGAGGGAUUCGGCGUUGGAACUACUUUUUUCCAGAAGAAUUAUUGGUUUAUGACAUUUGUAAAUAUCGCUGGUGUGGAAACAUUGGAAGAGCCCACAAGAGUAAUAAUAUCAUGAUUUUGGUUGAUCUGAAAAAUGAAGUUUGGUAUCAAAAAUGUCAUGACCCCAUAUGUAAAGCGGAAAACUUCAAAUCUGACCGAUUUCCUUUACCUGCUGAAAUAUGCCUCCCGUUUCUUCUCAAAGAGGAAGAAGAGUUUGCAACACAGGAAGCCAUGAACGAUGGGACCCAGAGCCUUCAUGUGCCAUCAUCCAGCGCGUCGUCAGGAGGUGUGUGCCCUGACCCUGACUGGGACACUGGCCCUGAUGAUACUUAUUUCUUGGAAGCUACUGAGGAUGCUGAAUUAGCAGAAGCUGCAGAGAACAGCCUUCCCAGUUAUAAUGGUGGAGUGGAUGAAAUUCCUGACGAAGUAAUUGUGGAAGUAUUACAGAACAGCUAAUUAACUAUGCACUUAUAACCAGGUUGUAAUUUGCCUGAAGACAGAUUAAAUUACAGUAUCUUGUUAAAUCUGUUAAUAUCAAUUAAUUCUAUCAUUUUGCAUUCCAAUUCUUGGUUUUUACUGGAGUAAACCAGUUUUAUUGAAAA